AUGCCCGUCAUGAACCCGCGUGGGGCACUUGUUUGGAACGACGAUGAUGCUACACUCGCAGCGAUUCUUAUGUCAGCUAAACAGGUGGACGAGAACACUGCGUCGGCCUUGCUGGGGCUUGAGGCCCCAACAGUGCAGGAGAUCUGGAAUCUCGUCGAGCAUAUCAAGAUUGAGGGCGACCGGUACGAUGCUCCGUAA